AGGAAUACUUUGUCUAAACCCUGAAGUUUUAAACCAUUUGUCUUGUUCUAUGGUUGCUCAGCUCUCUCUCUCCACUUUCACACAAACAAUUGAGAAGAAAACAUGGCAAAGGAUAGGACUAUUGGUGUGGCUAUGGACUUCUCCAAGAGCAGCAAAAAUGCUCUGAAAUGGACACUUGAUAACUUAGCUGACAAAGGUGAUACCAUUUACAUCAUCCACAUCAACCAAAACUCUCUAGAUGAGUCCCGCAACCAGCUAUGGGCCAAAUCUGGUUCUCCUCUUAUUCCUUUGCAAGAGUUCAGAGAGCCUGAGAUUAUGAACAAGUACGGGGUUCAAAUUGAUAUUGAAGUUCUUGAUAUGCUUGACACUGCUUCCAGACAAAAAGAGGUGUGUGUGUGUUUUUUUUUUAAUCAUUUUCCCUUUUCUCUGUUUUUCUCUUUCUCUGCUGAGUUUCGACAAAAUGGAAUUCAAUUUAGACAACGGCUGUUUAGGAGUGCCUAUGUGUUUUUAUUAUUGUUGUUACGCUUAUUGUUGUCUGUUCAGGUGCACAUUGUUACGAAAUUAUACUGGGGGGAUGCCAGAGAGAAACUUUUGGAUGCAAUUGAAGAUCUGAAACUGGAUUCUCUGGUUAUGGGAAGCAGGGGUCUCAGCACGAUCCAAAGGAUAAUAUUGGGAAGUGUCAGCAACUUUGUGAUGACCCAUGCCUCUUGCCCUGUGACUAUCGUCAAGGAUUCUAGCAGCAGCAAGUAAAGAAUAAAGAUGAAUCAGUUUGGCAGAGCAUCUAAAUUUCAAUUGAUCUGUUUAUUGCAUUGUACCUGAUCUAGUUGGGUCACAGUCAGUUUUCUAUGUAUUCUGGUGUUGAGGUUGAGAUUUGAGUUAUAAAUGAUGUAUGUUAUUAGCUUUCAAUCCUUGACUUUAUUGAAGGAAUAAUGUAAUUUGAGUGCCAUACAAGGCCACAGGCCUUCAAAAUUCUGUUGUAAUUGCAGAAUUUAUGGGAUCUUAAUAGGUUUUCGUGAGCAUUUUGCCCUUGGAUCAUAUGCUCAGGACGACCCAUUCAAUGGAUGUUAUAUCCAAAAGGCAUUUCU